CUACGUACCAGCUCCGACUCUCUUCGACGUCGCUACUACACUGGACUAUUAUUUCGUUUUCUGUUUCUUUUCUCUUUGAAUUUUUUUUAUACGUACUUGGGUUUUUCUAUCCGCAGUUUCUUCUUUCUUUUGCCUCCUUUCUAAACCGCCCCUGUUUGAAAUUGGCACCAUGUCGACCAGCGAGUACACACCAAAGUUCGCGCCUUUCUUCUCCUUUGCGGGAAUUGCGUCUGCAAUGAUUUUCGGGUCAAUGGGAGCAGCAUAUGGGACAGCUAAGGCCGGGAUUGGUAUUUCGGGUGUCGGGACGUUCAGACCGGAUCUGAUCAUGAAGUCCCUGAUUCCCGUCGUCAUGUCCGGUAUCAUCGCAGUUUACGGCCUCGUCAUUGCGGUUCUCAUCGCAGGAGAUAUGUCCCCACCGAUAGGAACAACACCACCCACCAGCUUGUAUACAUCAUUCAUGCACCUCGCAUCGGGACUGUCGGUUGGUCUUGCGGGUGUGGCCGCAGGAUAUACCAUUGGGAUUGUCGGAGACGCGGGUGUUCGCGCGUAUAUGCAACAAUCCCGGGUUUAUGUUGGAAUGAUCCUUAUCUUGAUUUUUGGCGAAGUUCUGGGUCUCUACGGUUUGAUUGUCGGUCUGAUUUUGAACUCGAAGAGCAAGCCUUGAAUUGCACCUGCCAUAUCAAAUGAUCGGUUGCUCUCAUUCGUCAUUCUGCCUUGUUCUGUCGUUCGAUUAUCGUGAAAAUGGACCAUGUAUUAUGUACUCGUCGGCCGGAUAUUGGCAUUCUCCGAUGCUCGCACUAUAUUAAACUUCCAGACCCUGGUAGUGGUAAUCAUCAUAUGGACAAGGAUAUGGUCUACUAGCCCGGGUGUCAACGGAGAAUCGGAUGAGUUCCAUCAAACAUUGCUUUGACGCAAGAUAAUGUACCUUUGCCACCGGUUUGUCAUGGCUCUUUUUCAUGCGGCAUGAGGAUUAAUUUGUCUAGACCUUUUGUGAUGCAGUUGUAUAUUUAUACCAUGGUAACCCCCCGAACGAUUCAGAUGAUAACAAUAAUGCCAUUCACAGUAUCGCAUACUCGAUUCCAACCAGCAUGACGAUACUAGAGGUGCUCUGUACUAUAAAAAGCAAUAAAUGUAAGAUGAGGA